UAUAUGAGUUUUCAGAGUUUUCCAUUUUUGAUGGUCCUUUGGGUUGGUGGCGGAGGCCAACGCGAGUGUCUGAGAAGAAGCCACGCAACUCCUUUUCCUUUCCCUCAAAGCCACCAAACCCCACUUCAUGAAUCAAUUUAUUCGCCAAUCAAAAGCUCACAAGAAUAAGCAGAAGCAGAGACACUCAGAUACGUUUCGCUGUUAAAAGUUCAAAUCAAAAUGGCCGGUGAUGGGACCCAUUCAGAUUCAAAAGCUGCAACAAUUGUCAUUAAAGAUCUCAAAUUUACAUACCCCGGCAUCGACGGCCACGCGCCGCCGGGUUCCUCACCGCUUAUUCAAAACUUCUCUCUCACUCUCGGUUCCGGCGACCGCUGCCUUCUCGUCGGUUCCAACGGCGCCGGGAAAACCACGAUCCUGAAGAUACUAGGAGGGAAGCACUUGGUGGAACCUGACAUGGUUCGCGUGCUUGGAAGAUCAGCUUUUCACGACACCACUUUGGUGUCUUCUGGUGAUCUCUGUUAUCUCGGUGGCGAGUGGAGGCGAGAUGUUGCUUUUGCGGGUUUUGAUGUGCCAAUACAGAUGGACGUUUCUGCUGAAAAAAUGAUAUUUGGUGUGGCUGGGAUUGAUCCUCAAAGAAGUGCGGAGCUCAUCAAGGUAUUGGACAUUGAUCUUUCCUGGAGAUUGCAUAAAGUAUCUGACGGUCAAAGAAGAAGAGUACAGAUUUGUAUGGGUCUUCUCAAACCGUUCAAGGUUCUUCUUCUUGAUGAGAUAACUGUUGACCUUGAUGUUCUAGCAAGAGCUGACCUUCUUAGAUUUCUAAGAAAGGAAUGUGAAGAGAGGGGUGCCACCAUUAUCUAUGCAACACAUAUAUUUGACGGUCUUGAGGAUUGGCCUACACAUAUUGUGUAUGUAGCCCAUGGAAAGCUGCAACUAGCAAUGCCUAUGGACAAAGUCAAAGAAAUUAGCAAAUUGUCACUAAUGAGAACAGUAGAAAGUUGGCUGCGGAAGGAACGAGAUGAAGAUAGAAGGAAAAGAAAAGAAAGAAAAGCAGCUGGGCUUCCUGAAUUUGGAAAGAAAAUUGAGGGAAGCCGUGUAACAGGGGAUCCUGCACGUGCUGCAAUUCGAGCAACUAAUAAUGGGUGGGCAGCAGGACGAUUAAAUUCCACCGUUGCUGGUGAGGAAAACUUCAUCCUCAGCUCUAAUCGAGUACUGAGGCAGUAGAUAAAUUUCAAAUGCAAUCAACUUCUGAACAAAAUUUCUUCUUCAGUGCCUUAUGGCAUAUAUGAUGAGUUGUUGUUAUAUAGGAAGCAUAACAUGUGAGGUAAUAAUAUAUAUGUCUAAUGUGGCCUUAGUAUUUGCAAAAUUGUGCUCGAUAUAUGAGAAUAAAGAAAAUAGCCUCGUGAAAUUCUCGUUA